AUGGCAGAUUAUCUCUCAAGGUCAUCAGUCGAAAUAGCUGAAGAAGACAUUGAAGAACAAACAGAUGUAUCAUUUUCAUCAUUAAAUAAUAAUUUAAUCCCAUUAAAAAUGACAACAUCGUCGACUACACCAAUCGAUGAAAAAAUAAAUGAGCUCAUCCAACAAUGGAAAGUAGCAAUGGAUAAAGAAUCGAUAGAACAACUAUCAGAUGAAAAUCCAAAUAAGACCAUUCUAUUUAAUAUGAAUGAUCUGAAAAAAUAUCCACACGAACGCAAGACAGUGCAAGGAAUAAUGAAGAAUAUUAGACGUAAAAAACAUUAUUUUAUUGAACAUGAAAUAUUAUUUCGACGACAACCGCCACUUCCAUUAGUGCUAUUCGUUCCAAAAGGAUGUAUACUUGCUGAUAUAUUAAAAACUUGCCAUAAUACACAUAGUAAUGAAGCUCAUUUUUGA